CUCAAUCGCCACCGACGCCAUGGGAAGAGCUCCGUGCUGCGUCAAGGUCGGGAUGAAGAAGGGGAGGUGGACAGCCGAGGAGGACGAGAUCCUCAUCAAGUAUAUCGCUUCUAACGGCGAAGGAUCCUGGAGAUCGCUCCCCAAGAAUGCAGGGCUGCUGAGAUGCGGGAAGAGCUGUAGAUUGAGGUGGAUAAACUACCUCAGAUCCGACCUGAAGAGAGGCAACAUUACCAAAGAGGAGGAGGAGAUCAUCCUCAAGCUGCAUGCAACACUUGGCAACAGGUGGUCCCUCAUUGCCGGGCACCUCCCUGGAAGGACCGACAACGAGAUCAAAAACUACUGGAACUCCCACCUGAGUCGGAGGAUUCACAGUUACCGGCGAAUCAGCAGCGUCGCAAUCGACCUCAGCAAGCUUCUCGGCGGAGGCCGGACGAGGAAGUCAGCCAUGAAGAAGAUCAGAAGUACCACUACCGCUACUUCCACUACAGGGAACGUCGACGUUUACGGCCAAACUGCACCGGUUAUUGCCGCAGCGAGCCCCAUAGUUUCGCUGGGGCAGAACGAGGAGGCCCAAAGCGUGGUCAUCGAUCCAGCUGACUCGAACCAAGCCAGCAACGCCGCCGCUGCGGCUGCGGCUGUUGACCUGGACCUUGAAUUGGAGAAGAUAAUCGAGGACAUGAUCUACUCGAUCGAUCCGGAGAGGAAGAGCGACGAAGGGGCAUCACUAGUGCCGGCUCCGGAUCAGGUGGAGUACUACUGCGGAUCUUCUGAGGUGCAGCAGGACGAGUUGCUAAUGGACUGGAACUGGGAGAGCAUUGAGGCUAAGCUGUGGGACGAGUCAGGCGAAAUGGGACCAUGGACAAUGCAGUGGGACAGCGAAGAAAUAUAAUUACAACAUUUAAUGGGCUAGCCACUAGAUCAUCUCGAAGAAGAGACGAACAACAAAGAAACAUGGGAACACGACGAGACGAGCUGCAGCUGUAGAGGAGGACAGA